AUGUGGCAGUUGGCAUUGGGACUGGGCCUAAUCCAGCAGCUCAGCUUCGCCAUUGUGGUGGAGCGCAACAUGUUCGCCUACUACAAGGUGCCGGCUGCCCAGUUGCUCUAUUCCCAGGACUCUGACUCGGAUUUGGAUUCGGAUUUCAACUCCCACUCCCAGGAGAUCAGUCAUCUUGGUGGGUCCCAGGUCAGCGAUCUCUACUAUGUACUGCAGUGUCCGCCUAAAUUGGAUGAGGGCAUCCCCAAGCCGCAGGAUAUGCAAACCUGCAGUGUGGUCGACCAAUACAAGGGCAUGUGGAAAAAGAAGAAACCGAAGCCCAAGAAGCGAUUCCACAUGGUUCCAUUCCGGAUAGUCCUGCGUCCAUUGGGACCACCUGCCAGGAGACGGAGCCUUAGGCGUCGGAAACGUCAGCACAAAGACACCAAGAAUCCAGAAACUAAGACUUCGGAUGAUCGGAUUGCAUCUAAAGUAAAACAGGAAGAGAUGACCAGUCCGCUUCAGUUCCUGGGACGCCCUCACAAACGGCAGAAGCUCCUUAAACUGUCCGCCGACCAUCGAAAGUUCAAGAAGGGCAGUCGGUCCAAGGGUCACCAGCACAUGUACCAUCGCGAUGAGUCCUACAACGAUCAUAUCUUCUACGACGAGCUCGAGGAAGAUGGAAAGUUCCACAAACUGGGCAAAGAAAACUCGAACUAA